UAUAUCAUGAAUCAUGAUUAAUAAUAAUUAUAAGUCAGCUUACUUUUCGGAAAAAGGACAGCUCAGCAAGAAAAAGAGGUUCCAAGAAACUCUGGCGUAAAACCUCAGCAUCUUACUUGUGAAAAUGACUAGGGUUUUACAGACCUUCACAAAACAUAAACUCAAUCCCCCUUGUUCAAUCUCAUUCGGCCCAUUCAAUUCCUCCACCCAAUUCCGAUGGAAGAAAAAACCCACCAGCACCGCAAGAACCCGUUUAGAGACCCGUACCCGAGACCUCAAACUCGACCAACUCUCAGCCCGUUUCAAGAAACUCAACCUCAUUCUUCACCUCCACAAGCUCAUGAUUGAUAAAAAACGAGGCCCAUUUGUCUCUCUUCAACUAAUGUCUCGCUGGAACAACAUCAUUGGACUUAACAUUGGCAUUGGCGCUUUUCUCCGCAAGUACCCCCAUGUGUUUGAUGUAUUUACUCACCCAGUUAAGCGGAAUGUGUGUUGUCGAAUUACGGAGAAGAUGAAGGGGUUGUUGAAUGAGGAAGAAGAUGUUGUUAGGGAUUUGGAAUUGGAGAAUGUGAAAAGGGUUAAGAAGAUUUUGUUGAUGUCGGUUAAUGGGAGAAUUCAUGUACAUGCUUUGAGGUUGGUUAGGAGGGAGUUGGGGUUACCGGAAGAUUUUCGUGACUCGGUACUUGGGAAGUAUAGUGAGGAUUUUAGAUUAGUUGAUUUGGAAGUAGUGGAAUUGGUUGAUAGAGAUGAUGAGAGUUUGCGUGUUGCGAAGAUUGAGGAGUGGAGGGAGAGGGAGUAUAGAGAGAAGUGGUUGAGUGAGUAUGAGACCAAGUAUGCUUUUCCUAUUGAUUUCCCGACUGGUUUUAAGAUCGGGGCGGGGUUUAAGGAGAAGUUAAAGAAUUGGCAAAGAAUGAAUUAUGUUAAGCCUUAUGAUGUUAAUGAGGUCGUGCGGGUUCGUACUUGUGGAGGCAUUGAACGGUUUGAGAAACGUGCUGUUGCAAUCCUUCAUGAGUUGUUGAGUUUGACGGUGGAGAAGAUGAUUGAGGUUGAGCGGAUUGUACACUUUCGGAAAGAUUUAGGGAUUGAAGUUAAUCUCCGGGAGCUUAUUUUGAAGCACCCUGGAAUAUUUUACAUAUCCACCAAAGGAAGCAAUCAAUUGGUUUUUCUUAGAGAAGCAUAUAGCAGUGGGUGUUUAAUUGAGACUAACCCAAUUCAUGAUGUUCGGAGAAAAAUGUUAGAGCUUAUGUUGAUGGGAUGUAGGAAUACUAAAGAGUUGAAAAUUGAAAAGGAGAAAAUCAAGGACAGGACUGCAAACCAGGUACUUUAUAAUGACGGUGAAAGAGGAGGACGGGACACUGACUUUGUUAUCUCGAUUCUAGAGAACUGUCAUGGUCAUAAUUAUGACUAUGGUGCUAGUGAUAUCGAAGAUUCUUCAGAAUAAUAGAACUGUGUUAAUGGGGAUUUCAUCUUUAGUGAAAGUUGCAGAUUGCAAGCAACUUAGUUGAAAAUUUGGAAGUCCGUCCUCAAGGUUGGAUGGUGCAGAUUGAUCAUAGUGAAACAAACAUGAAGGACCU